AGCUUAAUAUAACAUCACAACAAAUUUAACCUCACUUUUCCAUUCCCACCUUCCACAAAAAAAACCCUGUAACUCUUUCAUUACUUCGAAUCAAUGAGUGUGAUUCCAAAGGAAUCCAUUGAAGUAAUUUCACAAACACUUGGCAUCCCCAAUUUAUCUCCCGAUGUUGCCCUCGCCGUUGCUCCCGAUCUUGAAUAUCGCAUCCGCGAAAUCAUGCAGGAGUCUAUUAAAUGUAUGCGUCAUUCCAUGAGAACUUUUCUCACUGCUGAGGAUGUUGACAGUGCACUCGCAUUGCGAAAUUUAGAGCCGAUAUAUGGUUUCGCGUCUAAAGAUAAUCUGCGGUUCAAAAGAGCUCCUGGGCAUAAUGAUUUGUUCUACAUUGACGACAGGGAUGUGGAUAUUAAAGAUUUGGUUGAAGAACCUUUACCGAAAGCCCCUCUUGAUACGUCGAUUACCAGUCAUUGGUUGGCUAUUGAAGGUGUGCAACCUGCAAUACCUGAAAAUGCUCCGACUGAAGCUACCCCUGAGAUAAGAAAAACUGAAUAUAAAGAAGACGGGCUUCCUGUUGAUGUUAAAUUACCUGUUAAACAUAUAAUAACGACAGAGCUUCAGCUUUACUACGAAAAAAUAAUAGAGCUGAUUUUGAAUAAGCCUGGGUCCAUUCCUUUCAGAAGAGCAUUGGUCACCUUGGCAACUGACUCAGGACUCCAUCCUUUAGUUCCUUAUUUCACACGCUUUGUUGCUGAUGAGGUGGCUCGAAAUCUACAUAAUUUAAAUAAUUUAUUUGCUUCGAUGCGCCUUGUCCGGAGCCUUUUGCAAAAUCCUCACAUACACAUAGAACUUUAUUUGCACCAAUUGAUGCCGCCUAUCAUUACUUGCAUUGUUGCAAAAAGGCUUGGAAACAGACUGUCCGAUAAUCACUGGGAGCUUAGGGAUUUCAGUGCUAAUCUUGUUGCUUUGAUAUGCAAAAGAUUUGGGCAUAUGUAUCACAAUCUUCAGCCCCGUGUAACGAGGACAUUUCUUCAUACUUUCUUGGAUCCUACAAAAGCUCUGCCUCAACACUAUGGUGCAAUUAAAGGAAUAGCAGCUCUUGGAUCAAGAAUGGUUCGCUUGCUUAUAAUUCCAAAUCUCGAGCCAUAUUUGCAUCUUCUUGUGCCAGAAAUGCAACUUGAGAAGCAAAAGAAUGAAAUAAAAAGGCAAGAAGCAUGGCAAGUUUACGGAGCCUUGCUGUGUGCAGUAGGCCAAAAUAUGCACGAAAAGGUCAAAGGAAUAAGCAGUUUGCUUUCCCCUCCAACUCGCGCAGCGUCAAAUGGCAAUGGAAAAGCCAUGAUUGCAAUGCCAGGUGUUACUGGAGUUGUGGUACCAAUGAAUUCCAUGUCAGUUGACAACAUGCAGGGGUCAACAAGUGGGUUUUCCCCCAUGAUGGGCGCGCCAUCAUCAGUGGGUCGUCAAUUACCCAAAGAAAACUCUCCCAUUCUAGCUCAGGCUUGGAAAGAUGACAUAGAUGCAGGACAAUUGCUGCCACCAGUGUUUGAAUUAUUUGGCGAAAGUUUGUUAUCAUUCAUACCAAAACCUGAAGCAUCUAUAUUUUUGUAGUACAAAUGUGAAAGUGCAUGUAACUUGGUCACUCUUUUUGUGGCUGAAUAAAUUGGGAGUUAGUAUAGAAAUUAACCUGUAUUUUUUGCCCAUAAAAUUUAUAAGCAUUGAGUUUUGUCCUAAAGAUGGUUUAUUUUACAAAAAUUCUCAUGUCGUUUGAUUAUUUUACUGUAAAUUCAAAAGCCUUGAUUUUAAUUUUAUAAUAAUUCAAAUAGAGCUUUUCAAUCCAUUUAUUAUAAUGUUUGUUCAUUCCGGGUCAAUUUAACCGGGCCGGGUUAUUUAGCAAACUCAGAUACAUUGUACAACCAAGGCAACCUAACCGGGCCAGGUUAAUUAGCAAACUCAGAUACAUUGUACAACCAAGGCAACCCAACUGGGUCGGGCGUGACUUAGUUACUUAAGUCCAUAAUGGGCCAACCCGCCUUAAUUACCAAGCUCAAAUACACUGUAAAACCAAGGCCAACCUAGCUGGUCAGGCAUGACUUAGUUACCUAAGUCCAAAAUGGGCCAACCCACUUGACGUAAUAUAAGCAUAUGGUUUCUUUGAGAUACGGUCUCCAAUCCCAUUCAGCGAUUUGAUUCUCAUCCGUGCAUUUUAUAAAUCUCACCAU